AUGACUCACGCGCAAACCCUCGAAAUCAAAGAGCUGCGAGCCUCAAUGGCACGGACAGUAGCCGAGAUACGCGCCAUGAAGUCUCAAGUGCAUAACGCGACAAGUGCUGCUCCCGAGAUCGAUCGGAUGCUUGAAGAAACCCAGAGAACACCAUUCACGGCGAGAAUCACGGAGGCUAGGAUUCCCAAGCCCAGGAAGGUGAGAAUACCGUUCUACGAAGGAACGACCGAUCCGAAAGCACACAUCACAGCGUUUCGGAUAGCAAUGGGAAGAGCUUUCACAAAGAACGCUGCCAAACUGACCGAGCGGGAAGUAGAUGCCGGAUAUUGCUUGCUCUUCGUGGAACAUCUCAAGGGAGCCGCGCUCGAGUGGUUUUCGAGGCAGGAGCGCAAUUCGAUCGGCAGUUUUCAACAGCUAUCCGCCUUGUUCCUUAAACAAUACUCGAUGUUUAUGGAUAGAGGAAUGUCUGAUGCCGACUUGUGGACGCUAUCCCAAGGACCGAACGAACCGCUUCGGGAUUACAUGGCAAGGUUCAAGGCGGUCGUAUCCAAAAUAAAGGGAAUAAGCGACAAAGCUGCACUCGAAGCUCUGAAACGGUCUUUGUGGUACAAAUCCGAAUUCCGACGGGAAAUGUCACUCAACACGCAACAAACGAUUCAAGAUGCCUUGCAUCGGUCAUCAGACUUUGUCGUAAAUGAGGAAGAGAUGAAGAAUCUGGACGAGCAGUACGAAGCAACGAAAGCAGCGAUCCGAAGCUCAAUUUUGACGCGCCCCUCGAAGAAAGGCAAUGCAUCAAACAAUGCAACAACGCAGAGCUCGGACGAACCUAGAAGCGGAGGCGUCCAUAACUACCAAGUAGGCACUGGACGCGGAAGAGGAGAGUCGCGCAACAACACUUGGGUAAGAAAGCCCACCAACUACGACGAAAAGGCAUUCUGCGAGUAUCACCAGACCUACGGGCAUUCAACGACACAAUGCCGAACUCUAGGAGCAAAACUCGCAGCUAAGAUGGCGGCGGGAGAGCUCCAGAACGCGUUUAAUCUUAAAGACCUCGUCCCUAAUGAACCAAAAGAAGGAGCCGAGCCGAGCGGCGCGGCAGAACCCACAAAUCCUCCCCGACGGGGCGAUAACACCAAGCGCGACAGGAGAGGCGAACCCGAAGAGCGACCCGAGCCGAGGCAAAGGAUCAACAUGAUCAUGGGUGGAUCUCAAUAUUACCAAGACACGGUGUCCUCCAUCAAAGCUUAUCAGCGCCGAGCCGAAGCGAAGGAAAAUUGGACAGAACCGACCGAUAUCCCGAAUACAGUGAUCUCCUUCGCCGAGGAGGAAAUGGCAGGAAUCGAUAGACCACAAAACGAUCCACUGGUGAUCAAAUUGACGAUCAGAGAUCACGAUGUAGCGAGGGUGCUCAUCGAUUGGGAGCUCAGUAGACGUCAUUUUCAGGGAGACACUCAGAAGGAUGGGAAUCGAUCUCUCCAAGGUGACGGCGAUCCCAAACCUCUAACCAGAUUUUCAGGAGAAACAACGAUGACUAUGGGAACAAUUAGGCUCCCAGUGGUAGCUGGCGGAGUCACUAGGAUCGUCGAAUUCUGCGUCACCGAUCACCCAGCAAUCUACAAUGUGAUUAUGGGAACUCCAUGGAUCAACACGAUGAGGGCGGUCCCUUCCACCUAUCACCUCUGCCUCAAAUUCCCGACAACAGCAGGGAUCAAAACAAUCUGGGGAAAUCAGAAGGAGUCGCGAAUGUGCUGCUUAGCGGAGCACAAGCUGAGGAACCCCGUCACCGACGCACGAGCAGAUAUAGAUCGCAAAAAGAUGAAGACGGACCGAGAGCCUGUAACGACCUCUCAAAACUCUUAUAGCAAUUAUAGAUCGCGGAGAGCCGCGAAACGCGCGCCGAGCCGGUAUGUGAUGCGGUGGAAUCGGUGUGCAUAG